AAUAUAGCGACUCUUUAAUUAUUUAAAAAAAAGAGAUGAAUAAAAAAAUCUUUUAAAAACUUAAUUUUCACUUAUAUUUUGUAUAACAGAAAGAAGUAUGAUUUUGGAUGCUCUAAAGCCUAAAAAUUGGUGGGAGAGGGACAUAGCAUCAGAUAAUACCCAUGGCAUUUGAAAGAGGAAAAAUUGAAAAAGAGAAAAAGAAAAGAAAAAUCAUAAAAGUAGGACCAAAAGUGGAUUGCAAAUUGAUGAUACGUCAAUAAUAGAGACACACAGCACAGGCAGACACAAGUAAACAAAUGAUGCACCAAUUUUGAGCGGGUCCUCCAUUUUGAAAUCUUAUUUUUCACUCUUCACUCUCUCUGCAACCAAAACCAAAAACCAUAACCAAAACCUUCUCUUUGUCUGCCUGGUGUUUUCACUUUAGGAUUUUAGUCAAUUAAUACAACAUCAACACAAGCUUGUCUAUGUUGUAGUACUAUUUGCCGGCCACGCAUAACUAUAACCUACCCACAAUUUGUCAGAUCUAUUUGUUUCCUCUCUCUCUCUCUAUCUCUAUGUUUUAUUUCUCAUAGCCAAACAACCCAUUUUUCAGAAUUUCUGACAUGAUAGACCCUUGAAUCCUAACAUAAACCCUAGAUUGAUUCAAUUUGCAGACUCACUAAGCUUAAACAGCCUGCUUUCAAUAUUAGGGUUUAGUUUGGGUAAAAUGCGAAUCUGGCGAUAGUUAUUCGUUGUGUGUAAAAUUUGAAGAAAAUCUGGAAAAUUAUUUACAAUGCAGAGCUCAACAAGCUCGGUGGUGUCACAACCUGAGGCCAUAUUAGAGUGGCUACAAAAAGAAAUGGGGUAUAGGCCAUUAGGACCAUACAAUGCUUCCACGAACAAAUCUCAAUUGCCUUCAAUUGAUGCGAUUCGAAAGAUUUGUCGUGGGAAUAUGAUACCCAUUUGGAGUUUUUUGAUAAAGAGAGUGAAAUCUGAGAAAACUGUAGAGAGUAUAAGGAAGAAUAUUCUGGUGCAUGGUAGCAGUGGUGGUGUUGAAAGUGGCAAUUUGGUGAAUUUGGGGAAAGAGGAGGGUGGUGGUAGGAUUAAAGGAGGAGGGGGAGCGAGGAGGAAGGAAAAGGUUGCUGUUGUUGUUGGGGAGAGUUCAAGUUCGAGUGCAGUAGAUAGUAGGGAGAUGGCUUUACAAGAGAGGGAACUGGCAGCAAAGGAAGUUGAGAGGUUGAGGAAUAUUGUUAGGAGGCAAAGGAAGGAUUUAAGAGCCAGAAUGAUGGAAGUUUCGAGAGAGGAGGCUGAGAGGAAGAGAAUGGUUGAUGAGCGCGCAAAGAACAGGCAUAAGCAAGUGAUGUUGGAGGCUUAUGAUCAGCAAUGUGAUGAAGCUGCAAAAAUAUUUGCAGAGUAUCAUAAGCGUCUUUGUCACUAUGUUAAUCAAGCAAGAGAUGCUCAAAGGUCAAGUUUUGACUCUUCUGUUGAAGUAUCUAGCAGCUUCACUGCAAACAGUGAGAAGGAGGCUGUCUACUCUACUGUCAAGGGUACUAAAUCUGCAGGUGAUGUUAUCCUUAUCGAAACCACUAGGGAAAGAAAUAUCCGGAAGGCAUGCGAAUCUCUCUCAGUUCAUAUGAUUGAGAGAAUACGCAACUCUUUUCCAGCUUAUGAAGGAAGUGGCAUUCAUUUGAAUCCUCAACUAGAAGCAGCCAAGUUGAGCAUUGAAUUUGAUGGCGAAUUACCUGAUGAGAUUAGAACUGUCAUUUUGAGUUGUUUGAAGAAUCCUCCUCAAUUACUUCAGGCAAUUACCACAUACACUUUACGGCUGAAAACUCUCAUUUCUAGAGAAAUAGAGAAAAUUGAUGUUAGAGCUGAUGCAGAAAAUUUAAGAUACAAGUAUGAGAACAAUCGAGUAAUAGAUAUUUCUUCUCCUGACCCGAGCUCGCCAUUAAACUAUCAACUUUAUGGCAAUGGAAAGAUUGGAACAGACAUGCCCUCUAAAGGAACUCAGAAUCAACUUCUUGAACGACAGAAAGCACAUGUUCAACAAUUUUUAGCUACUGAAGAUGCAAUUAAUAAAGCUGCAGAAGCUAGGGAUACAUGUCAAAAACUCAUAAAACGCUUGCAUGGAAGUGGUGAUGUAGUCUCGUCACAUUCACUUGGUGUUGGAGGUACAUCACAGAACAUUGGCAGUCUCAGGCAAUUCGAGUUGGAGGUUUGGGCCAAGGAGAGAGAAGCUGCUGGACUGAGGGCAAGCCUGAAUACCUUGAUGUCUGAAAUCCAACGGUUGAAUAAAUUAUGUGCAGAGAGGAAAGAGGCUGAGGAUUCUUUAAGAAAGAAGUGGAAGAAAAUUGAAGAGUUUGAUGCACGCAGAUCUGAACUUGAAGCCAUAUAUACUGCUUUACUGAAGGCUAACAUGGACGCAGCUGCAUUUUGGAAUCAACAGCCGUUGGCUGCAAGGGAAUAUGCAUCAAGUACUAUCAUUCCAGCAUGUAAAGUUGUUGCAGAUAUUGCGAACAAUGCAAAAGAUCUUAUUGAUAAAGAGGUUAAUGCUUUCUCUCGAAGUCCUGAUAAUAGCCUAUACAUGCUUCCUUCAACUCCUCAGGCACUUUUGGAGGCUAUGGGUUCUACUGGAUCUACAGGACCUGAAGCUGUUGCUGCUGCUGAGAAAAGUGCUGCUUUAUUGACAGCAAGAGCUGGUGCUAGGGAUCCAUCGGCUAUUCCUUCUAUAUGCCGUGUAUCUGCUGCCCUUCAGUAUCCUGCUGGUCUGGAGGGUUCUGAUGCUGGUUUAGCAUCGGUGUUGGAAUCCCUGGAGUUCUGCUUGAAACUUCGCGGCUCUGAAGCUAGCAUAUUGGAGGACUUGGCAAAAGCAAUCAAUCUUGUCCAUAUACGUCAGGAUCUUGUUGAAAGUGGCCAUGCAUUGUUGAAUCAUGCAUACCGUUCUCAACAAGAAUAUGAAAGGACUACAAAAUAUUGUCUGAGUUUGGCGUCUGAGCAUGAGAAAAUGGUCACAGAUAAAUGGUUGCCUGAACUUAAAACAGCAGUUUUGAAUGCUCAGAAGUGCUUGGAAGAAUGCCAAUACGUGAGGGGUUUGCUUGAUGCAUGGUGGGAACAACCAGCAUCUACUGUUGUUGACUGGGUUACUGUCGAUGGGCAAAAUGUUGCUGCUUGGCAUAAUCAUGUGAAGCAACUCCUUGCAUUUUAUGAUAAAGAACUCCUGUGAAAAAGAUAAGAGAACCAGCGCUACGGAUUUUUCCUUAAGAUUUCCUCGUUUGUCUCCACAUCUUGCCACGGUUAUGCUGAUAUUUAAAAUGACCUGAACUGGAGUUCUGUUUGUGCAUGGGAUACACUUGGCGAUGCAAGUGAAGAUAUCUUUGAGGGUAUCCAUGUAUUUGGCAUGCAAGGCGAAAGGAGAUGGUCAAAAUCCUUUUGCAUGGUUGGAGAAGUUCUAUUAGGGAUGCAUGUCGAUUGGUGUAGAAGGUAGCGGGCAAUGAGGUGAGGGUCUGCACUAUUUGAAGUUAGAUAUUCACGAUUGAUUCUUUUACCCCUUUUUUUAAUUUUAACUUUGUACAGAAUGGAUCUUUAAAGUAAAUUCCUUCCUGUAUACUAGGCUGUUUAUUGUUCUUCAGUUGCGAGUGGGUUUCUUAUGCAAUCUUGUUACAUGUUCAAGGCUUUUGAAUAAUGCCAUUAUCAGGUUUGUAAUUGUAGCAAAUUUGUAUUUGUAGCUUA